AUGUCUGCCUCUAUAUCUAAGCAGCUCGAGGAUUUGUUAAAUCCACUGCCAAACUUCGUGGACCCUGAGGACGAUCAAGAUGAAGAAACUAAAGCCAGGGUGAUAGAGAAAUUUGACGAGGGAGAUGAUGAUGAUGAUGAACCGGUUCCCGCUGGGUUUCGGAAGCGUGCUGUCGCACCUUUGGCGGACACAGACAGAAGAUACCGCGGCAAGGCCACAUCACGCAAAGAGCUUAGGAGGGAGAUGGAGGGAUCUGAUGAUGAUGAUGAUGAGGAGGAGGAGGAGGAGGAUGACGAUGAAGAGGAGGGAGAAGACGGAGGGGAAGAAAAUGGAGCGAUGGAAGAUGAGGACGUGGGGAGCGAGGAGGAAGAGGACGAGGGUGACGAUGAAGAUGAGGACGAGGAAGCUGAGAGCGUCGACGGUGACGAUGACAGCUCUCAGCUAAGGGCAAUCGUCUCAAAGAUGAAGAAGACAGACAUUAACUUCCCCACCGUGACUGAUUUUCACAAGCUAACAGAGGGAAUGGAUGACCUGGGAGAGAGUGAAGAGGAAGGGACUGGAGAGAGCGAGGAUGAGGAAGGGGAAAGUGAAGAGGGCUCAGACGAAGAGGGGGAAGAUGAGGAAGAGGAGGAGGAGGAUAUGGAGGAGGAGGUGGGAGACACUGGAGCUGUAAAGACCUUCUCCAAAGAAAAAGUGGACGAGGAGGUCGAAAAGGGAAAAGCUGUGCAGAAUCAACUCACUCUGUGGGACCAGCUUCUGGAAGGACGAAUCAAAUUACAGAAAGCCCUGGUGACAGCCAAUCAACUCCCACAGUCAAACACAUUCCCAGAAUUCAAGAGCAGAGGUGGCGCCGAGUACGCUGGAGCACUGAAGAAUAGUCACAAAGCCCUGAAAGCUCUCCAGAGGUCACUGCUGGAACUCCAGGACUUGUUGCUUCAGCAGAAUCCAGACACCAGAUCCAUUUCACAGGGCAAGACACGGGAGGCCAGCAGCAAAGAAGAGAAUUCUGAGAGUGAGGAAGAGGUGGAAAGUGAAGAAGAGGAACAGGAAACCAGUAAAAGUGGGUCGCAAAAGCGGAAACUGGAAAUGGCCGACUACCCAGACUUCAUGACCAAACGCUUCGCUGCUUUUCUGCCGUAUCGGGACGCGACGCUGCAGAAGUGGUACGAUAAGACGCGGCUGACCAUGGGCAAGACCAACAAGGGCUUCGGGGCGUUCGACAGGAACAUAUUGACACAGGUGGAACAUGUUCUGAUGGAUAAAGAGAGGCUGCUCAGACGAACCCAGACCCGCAGGUCAGAGUACAGAGUCCUGGGGAAACCAGAACCAAGCCUUCACACGACGGACACCGCCGCGAACGCCGGAGAAAACUUAGCGUUGAAAACCAACGCACAUCUCAAAGACUUGGACGAGGAAAUCUUCGACGACGAUGAUUUCUACCAUCAGCUUUUACGAGAGCUCAUUGAACGCAAGACAAGCGCCGCCGACCCCAACGACCAGGUGGCUAUGGGCAGGCAGUGGUUAGCGAUUCAGAAACUGCGGAGUAAAAUAAAAAAGAAGGUCGACACGAAGGCCAGCAAAGGCCGCAAAAUCAGGUUCCAUAUUCACAGUAAGCUGGUGAAUUUCAUGGCUCCCAUUGACCACAGCUCUAUGAGUGAUGAGGCUCGGUCUGAACUGUACUGCUCACUGUUUGGAGGGGAACAGGCGCGCUGACGGUAGCUUUUGGAAUAGGAAGCGUCUGGACACUGGACUGUUGGUUUACUCCUCUACCAGGAGAGUCCGAAACACCGGCCAGCACUCUCUGUUCACC